AUGGUUCACAAGCCUUUUUUUUUCCGUAAAGUAUUAGGUGCAUGUAAUAUGGCAGCAGCUUUGUAUUUUGUUGUAUUUGAUGAAAAUACAGAAAUAAUCUCUCAAAAAGUUAGGAGGGGCUUUUGCCAUUACCAUUGCAUCUGGAUAUCACGUUCAUUGCUUAUUCUUACAAUCACCUGGAUAUUUGAUCCAAGUUUUGACGAUUCACUUCGAGCACACAUAAUCUGCGUUGUUUUUGGAGAAGCUGGGGGUGAUGAAAACAUCUUAGUUGAAACCAUGCAGGCAUGGUUUUUCACAGGGACUGCACCAAUCAAUGGCUUUACUACUACUCCACAUGCCUCCUUAUGUAGGGGGAGAACAAUCUCCCCUAAGAGUAAUGGUGUUAUCAAGUUAUUAGCAGGUUUGGCUUUGAUGUUGCUACAAUUGAAAAAAUAUUGUUUGUGCUUUAUGUGCCAUUAUGUUAAGGGAAUAUGUUUGGACAGUUUGGUGAAUUCUCAAACUGCAUUUUACCCCUUAAGCUAUUGGUACUAUCAAGUUAUUAGGAUGUUUGUUAGAAGUUAAAUUAAGGAUAUGGAUAUGUUUGGUGGGCAGAAUAAGAGUGAGAUAAAAUAAAGUAAUCAUAUUCUAUCUUCAACACCGUUUGUGUGCACACAAGAUAUGCUAUUGUACUCUAGGAGACAUAUUUAAUUGAAGAAGAGUUUGUCACAUCAA